GAGGAGGCCACGGGCGAGCUCCGGGCCUGCCCCCCGACGAUGGCCCAGCUGCUCCUGCUGCCCCUCCUGGUGGCCAGCGCGGCGUCCCCGUCGCCCCCCUCUCCGCCGGCAGCGUCGUCGUCGCCGCCGUCGUGCCCCAGGCGGUGCCAGUGCCAGAGCGUGUCUCCGUCCUUCACGGUGCUGUGCGCCAAGACCGGGCUGCUCUUCGUGCCGCCCGCCCUGGACCGGCGCACGGCCGAGCUGCGCCUCAUGGACAACUUCAUCAGCGCCCUGCGGCGCCGCGACUUCGCCAACAUGACGGGGCUGCUGCACCUGACGCUGUCGCGCAACGCCAUCAGCCAGAUCGCGCCGCUGGCCUUCGCCGACCUGCGCGGCCUCCACGCGCUGCACCUGGACGGCAACCGGCUGACGGCGCUGGGCGACGAGCACCUGCGCGGGCUGGUCAACCUGCGCCACCUCAUCCUCAGCAACAACCAGCUGAGCCGCGUGUCGCCCGGCUCGCUCGACGACUUCGUGGACACCAUCGAGGACCUGGACCUGUCCUACAACAACCUGGCCGAGGUGCCCUGGGCGGCCGUGGCGCGGCUCUCCAACGUCAACACGGUGAGCCUGGACCACAACCUGAUCGAGGCGGUGCCCGAGGGCAUCUUCUCCAACCUGCGCAAGCUGGCGCGGCUCGACGUGACGUCCAACCGGCUGAAGAAGAUCCCUCCCGACCCGCUGUUCUCGCGCGUGCCGGUGUACGCGCGGCCGCGGGGCUCGCCGCCCCAGUCGCUGGUGCUGGGCUUCGGCGGCAACCCCCUGCACUGCAACUGCGAGCUGGUGUGGCUGCGGCGCCUGGCGCGCGACGACGACCUGGAGACGUGCGCGUCGCCGCCCGAGCUGGCCGGCCGCUACUUCUGGUCCAUCGGCGAGCACGAGUUCGUGUGCGAGCCGCCCAUGAUCACCCACCGCACGCCGCGCCUGGCGGCCGCCCAGGGCCGCGCCGCCUCGCUCAAGUGCCGCGCCGUGGGCGACCCCGAGCCCUCGGUGCGCUGGAUCGGCCCCGACGGGCGCCUGGUGGCCAACAGCAGCCGCGCCACCUCCUACGCCAACGGCACGCUGGACAUCCGCGCCGCCGCGCCCGCCGACGGCGGCACCUUCACCUGCAUCGCCUCCAACGCCGCCGGCGAGUCCACGGCGCCCGUGGAGCUCGUGGUGACGCCGCCCGUGCCGGGCAACGACAGCGAGGGCUGCGACAAGGACGGGGAGGAGGAGGGGGCGGCGCAGCCCUCAGACAUCCUGACCCCCGCCAAGGCCGAGAGGCCGGAGCGCCGAGGGGAGCAGGAGGAGGAGGAGGAGGAGGAGGAGGAGGAGGGGAAGGAGGAAGGGGCGGUGGUGGUGGAGGAGCUGACGGCGACGUCGGCGCUGGUGAAGUGGGGAGGCCGCAGGAGGGCCCAGCCCGACCUCAGGAUGUACCAGAUCCGCUACAACUCCUCGAGCGACGACGUGCCCGUCUACAGGAUGCUGCCCCCGAGCAGCGAAUCGUUCGUGCUGUCGGACCUGGCCCCGGGCCGCUCGUACGAGCUGUGCGUGCUGGCCGUGAGCGCCGACGCCGCCACGGCCCUGCCGGCCACGCGCGGCCUGGGCUGCGCCCGCUUCGCCACGCGGGCCGAGGGGCGGCCGUGCCGCUCCCUGCAGGCGCAGUUCCUGGGCGGCACCAUCAUCAUCGUCAUCGGCGGCAUCAUCGUGGCCUCGGUGCUCGUCUUCAUCUUCAUCCUCCUCAUGAAGUACAAGGUGUACAACAGCCACCACCACCAGCACCACCACAAGGCCGCCAAGGUGGCCCACGGGUGCUCCCAGACCAACGGAGGCCGCGGGGAAGGCGGUGCUGGAGGUGGGGGGGGACAAAGGGACUCCUCCUCUUCCUCUUCUUCCUCCUCCUCCUCCUCCCCACGAGGCGCCGUCCUAACGACGAGUUUUGGUUGCUGUUUGUUUUUUUUUAAAAGCCAGGCUCGAUGGUCUAUUUUUUAAAACAAACAAACAACAAAAAAAAAAACAAAACAAAAAAAGAAACCACCAAAAAAACACCAAAAAAAAAAAAAUCACGUGGGAAAAAAAAAAACCACACACACAAAAAAAAAAAUCACUUGAAAAAAAAAACACAACAAAAAAAAAAACCACAAAACAAAAACAGGACCCGAGGUGGUUUCAGAGAUAUUUUUUUAGAGCUACCCCUCCCUUUUUUUUCCCCCCCCUUCCACCUCCAACACACCCACAAAGUCCUUUUUUUUUUGGUGGUGGUGGGGUGGGGGGGAAAGGGGAUAUUUUUUGGAAAUCCGGAGGGCUCAG